AUGAGCAUGAUUGGAGAGCUAACUCACUUCCUUGAGUUGCAGAUUCGUCAACAAGAUUCAGGUAAAAGUGUUAAUCCUUCUCUAUAUAGAAGCAUGAUAGAUAGUCUUCUUUACCUUACUGCUAUUAGACCUAACAUUAGUUACAGUGUAGGAGUGUGUGCUAGAUAUCAGACUAAUCCCAAAGAGUCCCAUAUGACUGCUUUAAAGAGAAUCAUAAAGUAUGUCAAAACCACUGCUGAGUUUAGUGUGUGGUACAGCAAGAACACAAGUGAUGUCCUAGCUGGGUACUCUGAUGCUGAUUCGGCUGGGAAUGUUGAUGAUAGAAAGAGUACUUCAGGGGGUUGUUUCUAUGUGGGUAAUAAUCUUGUCUCUUGA